AUGAAGGCCCAAAAUUGUGUGUUCCUUUCUGCUCUGACAAUGGCAUGCCCAUUCGUGCGAGAUGUGGUGGAUGAAGAAGCACUUGUGCUGAGGAGAGCCUUCAGGCGAGAAAGGGUCUUCAGGGACCGGUUGGACCCACUGGCCUUCCCUGAUGACCAUCUAUAUGAAAGAUACAGGUUUUCUGCAGAUGGCAUCAGGUAUCUAUGCAGACUACUGGGUCCCAGGAUUAAGCACCGCACUGCACGGAGCCAUGCACUGAGUGUGGAGCAAAUGGUUUGUGUGGCCUUGCGCUUUUUUGCUAGUGGAGCCUUCCUGUACUCAGUGGGGGAUGCAGAACAGCUGAACAAGGCCACAAUUUGCCGCACAAUAAGGAGUGUGUGUCUGGCUAUCAAAGCAUUAGCAGAUGUCUUCAUCUCCUUCCCUGGCCACAGAAGACUCUGUGACAUCAAAGAGGAGUUCUAUAGGAUUGCAGGUUUCCCCAAUGUCAUUGGUGCAGUGGACUGCACACACAUAAGGAUAAAAGCCCCCUCAGGUGCCCAUGAGGCCGAUUUUGUGAAUAGGAAAUCCUUUCACAGCAUUAAUGUUCAGAUGGUCUGCAAUGCUGACUGUGUGAUCAGCAAUGUUGUGGCAAAAUGGCCUGGCUCAGUCCAUGACUCCAGAAUCUUUCGGGCCUCUGAAAUCGAUCAGUGCCUAUCACAAGGUGAAUUCUCUGGUGUGUUGCUGGGAGACAGGGGGUAUGGCUGCCAGCCUUUUCUCCUGACACCUUUCACAGACCCCCAGGAAGCACAGCAGGCCUACAACCAUGCCCAUGCCAGGACCAGGGCCAGAGUUGAAAUGACCUUUGGCCUCCUGAAGGCACGCUUUCACUGCCUUCACAAAUUAAGGGUCAGCCCUGUUAGGGCAUGUGAUAUUACUGUGGCUUGUGCUGUCCUCCACAAUGUGGCCUGCCUGAGGAAGGAGAGGGCCCCCAGAGUGCCACCAGCCAUGGACUGGGACAAUCCGGCAAUCUUCCCUGAUGACGACAGUGGUCGGCUGCUGAGGGACCAAUAUGUGUUGAAUUAUUUUAGUUAGUAUGUGUGCUUUCAAUUUUGGUUAAAUAUGUCCUGCGGUGGCAGAGGAAUUUGGGUUUUUUUGGGUUCGUUUUUUUACGAAUUUGGCCUCUUAUGAUGUUUGUGCGGUAUACUGUGUGUAAUACAAGGCUGCAGGGAGGCUACUGCAUCCAUUCAUUUGUCUGUUCAGUUGAUGUGUAUGGAUUUGUCCUGCAUUUAUUUUAGUGUGCAGACAUGCAGGGUGUGUUAUAUACAGACCUUUGAAUGUGUAUGUAUCAUUUUGUAUAAUAUGCUUGGAUUCUGUGCUUUCCAUCUUGUAGAGUCACUGUGACUUCAGUUUCGAAAGGAGCUGAUGGUUUACCUGCUUUGUUUUGUCCUUAUUCAAUAAAGGAACAUAAUGUUA